UGUGCCAUUUUAUAUUAGUAUGUUGCUUAAGCUAAUUGAUAUUAUGCAAGUGUUACUAAUGAUUCAAAAUGGCUGUCAAAAUCUGCCCAUCAUGGCCAUUGCAUUAAGACUCGUCACAGAUUGUUAUAUGAACCAAACAACUGUUCAAGGAAUGGACUAUCAAUGAAAACUGCAAUGCUAAAUGAAAAAAUGUUUCUCGAUUGAUUUGCAACAUCCGGAUUUCCAUGACAACAAAAGUUGCUAAUUUAUUUCCAUAAACAGCAGGACGUAGUGAAAGGUGGAAGUACAUGAAUACAAUGGUGACAGGACUAAGACACGAUAUGUCAUCCCUGGUGCCUCUUGUCAUUGACCCUGGGUCAGAAACCCUUAAAGCUGGAUUUGCGGGUGACGAGCAGCCUUUAAUCGUGUGUCCAGACCUUGUCUGUAAGGAAAAAGAACCGGAUACAUGUAAAUCCGACAGGAUUUUGGACCCAGAUAAAUACGAAUUCAAACCGAUAGAACAUGCCAAAGACUUUGAGCAAGCCGGGCUGCCGCCGGGGCUGAUGGAUGCGGUGAACUCCAUCCUAGAGGCGGAAGGUCACUCCCCAGAGGUGCCGUGUCCGCUCCACGUCAUAGAAGCGCCGGUGGAGCAUGGAAUCGUGGUGGAUUGGGAGGCCAUGGUCGACGUCCUUGACCUUUGCUUCAAGGAACGACUCGCCGUCUCUCCGAGCGAACAUCCGGUGCUUAUGACAGAAUCUCCUAUUAACACAAAUUACCUCCGCGAAAGAUUGACUGAAAUUAUGUUCGAAAAUUUCCAGGUACCCGCGUUCUACCUUAAAGACACGUCUUCUCUGUCAUUACUGAGCGCGGGCCUUGAAACAGGCGUCGUUGUCGAGUCGGGGGAUGGAUGUACGUAUACGAGUGUCGUGCACGAGGGUCACGUGAUAAGACAAACCAUACCUAAGACGUUCUAUGCCGGAAAUGACGUCACUAGGUAUGUUGUUGAGAUGCUGAAAAAACAUAAAGAGUGCAAUAAUUUGAAUGGAGAUAUUAUUGCUGUAGCUAAAGAUAUAAAGGAGAGGCUAUGUUUUGUGUCGGAAGACUUCGAUGCUGACCUUAAGUUGGCAAAAUCUAUAGACCUGUAUGAAAGAAAAUAUGAGCUGUCUUCCGGUAAGCAAAUAUCUUUAAAUUUAGAGCGUCUCUACGCUGGCGAGAGUUUGUUUUUUCCGGAAAUGUUUGGAUGCAAUUGCCCCGGACUACACAAACAAAUUUGUCGGACAUUGAAAAUGUGUGAUCCCGAAAUCCGUCGGGAGGCGUGCACAAAUAUACUGUUAUCCGGCGGAAAUACACUGUUCCCAGGAAUGACGACCCGUCUACAAAUGGAAAUGAAUCGUGCACUACCGGCCAGCCUAGGGGCGCAGGUUCUAGAAAUCCCGAACCAGCAACUGUUCGCGGCGUGGAUCGGGGGGUCCCGCUUUGCGAAUUCAGAGGCUAUGUUAGAUCGUUGGAUUUACAAGGCGGAUUAUGAGGAAAAAGGAGCCGCUGUAGUGAACAAGAAAUGUAAAUCUUAAUAAUAAUCAAACGUAGUGUAGCACGAUUUGUGAACUGUUGUAUGUGUAGUUUAAAACGGUAAGUUUGUAUGAAUGUUUAAAUGUUAAUGAACGAAGUUUGUUCCUUUUGUCUAAUAUCAAAGACUUCAGUACUGGUUUUUGCCCAAGAAACAUAACCAGAACUGUGAUAUAUAUCAGCUUAAUAUCUUUUUCUUCACAAUCAAGAUGAAAUGAAUGAUUUUUAACCGGUGUAACAUUGCAAGGCAUUUAUGACUUAUUUUCUGACAGUAAAGCGUCUCCGGCCUUUUUGAUUUUUGCAAAAAUCUCUUCCUUAGAAAGAAUUCCAGGCUGAUCAUUGUUGAAGGCAUAUUUUACCGGUGUAUGUUUUUACUGUUGCUCAAAUUAUCAUUCUAUAUUAUAAUUAUAUAAUAUUGAAAUUGCUGUUGUAGUUGUAUUGUAAAAUUUGAAACUUAGCAUUUACACAUGCCUUCGCGUUUUGUCAGGGAUUGUUGCGAAACACUUUUUGUACAUGAACUUGUAAUUUGCAUGUAUAUAGACAUGGACGUGUAACAUCACGUUGAACGAGCACGUGUGACAUAUUAAAUCCUACUUUUAAUCACGUGUCCUGACUACGUUGUACUCCGUAUCUGGAGCGUACACCUUACAGAAGUAUGCAACACGUUCGUGUACACAUGGCGCUUGACGUGUAUACACUGAGGGCUAUAAAGAGGUUGUAACGCACAUGUACACGUACUUGUAUCUUGUAUAGCUACACGUACACGUUAACAUUGUCACUGAGUUUAAGAGUCGUUUGCACCAUUUCACUUUAAGCGUUUACGUAUAGGCUGGCUGAUAUUCGCAAAGAAUCAGUUUCCGUGUGGAAUCGUACAUGCUAUUCUAAACUACAAAGUACACAUACAUGGAUGACGUAAUACACAAAACGUAGCCCACACGUGCAGGUACCCGCACAGGUAGUGUUUCGCAAGUGCGCUAUUGUUUCUUUAAGGGAAAUCGGUAAUUAGCCAAUGUUCAGUUAAUCAUGACUUCAAAUAUGAAUUUAUGGCAGUAUAGUAACCCUAUUGUUUAGUCGUUUAUGUGACAUUUAUAUAAUUGAUAAUACAAAUAAUUUUUCCAAAUUUCCGACAAAUAUCAAUUACUGAAUUCUGGUAUUUUCGGGGCAAGUUUCUUUUAAAUGAUUUGUGUUCUGUGCAUUAUGCUGACUUUUAUCAUUUGUAUCUAAAUUACAAUUAUGAACUCGAACGAAAAAGAACAUGAAACUGUACCUUCAGAACUUAGCCAAGUUCCUUUGUAUUGUAAGUAAGUGUGAUUAAUAUCUAGCUGUACAAUAAUGAUAAAUACAUAAAAUUAUAUUGGGAAUACCUAAAUGUUGUCAAAACAUUCCGUUAGUUUGGCUAUGUUGAAAUGACAUAUAAUUAUAUAACAUAAAAUUAUAUGUUUAUCUCUGCAAAUGCUAUUGAACAGUAAAUUAUCAUAUAACAUUUUGUACUACAUGUGUUUCAA